GUUUCAAACGUUGCUAAACAGAAUUUGGGGUAACCCCACGUGGAGGGCUGGUUUGUGUUUACAAUAGGGAAAAAAUAGAUGGUCAAGGUGUGACUGUGGUUAGGACGUGUUAAAUCACGGUUGUAUUGUGAAAUGUCUGAAGAUCUGAAAGAGUUAGAAUGGCUGUCUAGUUAAAGGUUUGAUAUACAUUUAUUUCAAUUUUCACAUGAUCUCAAUCUGAGGUGCAUCGCGGAAUUCCUUGCCAUUAAUUAAAGGCCAUUGUGAAUUUUCAUAUUUGCCUCAAGUUCCCACAACAACUGAUCAACUAUGGGUGAAGAUGACUUCCCAGACAGCAAGAAACGGCAUACUAAAAGAGCUGCCGGCCGCAAAGCAGACAAGAAGAAGCAGAAGGAGCAGCACCAGCAGGAGCUGACAGCCAAGCAGCGCAACCCGAAGGCAUUCGCCUUUCGAUCUGCAGUUUCAGCUGCUCGCACCCUCCGACGCUCUCAGGACAUCAAGGAGCGGAAGACUCACAUCCCGGUGAUCGACCGGACGCCGCUCGAGCCGCCGCCAAUCGUCAUCGGCGUGGUCGGACCGCCCAAGGUCGGCAAGUCCACGCUCGUCCAGUGCCUCAUCAAAAACUUCACCCGCAAGACACUGACCAACAUCCAGGGACCGGUCACCAUCGUUUCAGCCAAGAAGCGUCGACUGACGUUCAUAGAAUGCAACAACGACAUCAACUGCAUGAUCGACCUGGCCAAGGUGGUGGACCUGGUGCUGCUGCUAGUGGACGCUUCGUUCGGCUUCGAAAUGGAGACGUUCGAGUUCCUCAACAUCUGCCAGGUGCACGGUUUUCCCCGCGUCAUGGGCGUCCUUACCCACCUUGACAUGUUCAAAGACGUGAAGAAGAUGCGGAAGACGAAGAAGACGCUCAAGCACCGCUUCUGGACCGACGUUUACCCGGGAGCGAAGCUGUUCUAUCUCUCAGGUAUGGUGCACGGCGACUACCAGAGAAUGGAGGUCCACAACCUGGGACGCUUCAUCUCCGUCAUGAAGUUUCGGCCGCUGACCUGGAAACAGGCGCAUCCCUACAUCCUAGCUGACCGGAUGGAGGACCUCACCCCUGCCGAGGAGGUGCGGCAGAACCCAAAGUGUGACCGCCGCAUCAGUCUGUACGGCUACGUGCGCGGCGUGCCGCUCAAGCCAGACGCGCCCAUCCACAUACCCGGUGCCGGCGAUUUCCGUGUGGCGGCGCUGGACUUCCUGCCCGACCCGUGCCCGCUGCCCGAGCGCUCCACAAAGUCGCGCCGCUCGCUCACCGAGCGAGACAAGAGCAUGUACGCGCCCAUGUCGGGCGUGGGAGGCAUAGUCUACGACAAGGACGCCGUUUACAUCGAGCUCGGAGGCAGCCACUCGCACUCCAAAAAGCCGCCGGCGGACGUCUCGGCUGACCCUGCCGGCGCCGGGGCUGACGGCCGGGAGGAACACGAGGACGAGGAGGAGGACGAGGACAAGCAGCUGGUCAGCUCGCUGAUGACGUCACAGCACACCAUCGAUCAGAAGAUGGAGGAGGCGCAGCUGCGGCUGUUCUCCGGCCAGCAGCCCAUCUCAUCGCAGGACGCCGCCAUGAAACUACAUUACGAGACUGUCUCAGAGAACGACGGUCGUAAGCGGCGGCGGGUCCUCUUUGACGACGCCGAGGACGGCCAGGAGGACGGCGAGGAGGGAGAGGAAGGUGCCGAGGAGGACGGAGAGAGCGCAGAGGAGGACGGAGGGGAGAGUGAUAAGGACGAAGGAGAGAGCGAGGAGGACGGAGAGGACGAGGACGGUGACGUGUCGAUGGAGGAGGACGCAGAGGAGGCAGAGUCGAGUCUCCUCUCUGUGCCGGCCCGCUCCUCCGCCGGACGUUCCUCCGCCGGCCGGGAGGACUCUGAGGAGGACAGUGACGAGGAGUCUGAGGACGAGGAGGCCGCGCCGCUGAAACCCACGGCGCCCGUACCGCGGCAGAACGCCCGCCAGCUGCACCGACUCAUCUACGGCGCCGAGCCCGGCUCGUCUGACGGCGCGGAGCCGGAGGGUGACACCGAGGACCAGGAGGUGGGCGGUCUGUUCCGAGUGGUGCGGGCUGAACAGCGGGACCGCAGCGGCCGGGACGAGGUGGACCGCACGCUGCCGGCGGCCGGCGCCGCCAACCUGCGAGACUGGACCACGGAGGAGGGCCGGGGCUGUAUCGCCGACUGUUUCGUCACCGGGGAGUGGAAGGAGAGUGAGAACGCCUCCACGCUGCUGGCCAUGGACGACGACGGCCUGGACUCUGACGAGCUGGACGGCGACUUUGAGGACAUGGAGACGGGCGAGAAGCACCAGGGCACCGCCGGCGCCGCCGCCGAGGCAGAGGACGGGGAGGGGGAGGAGGGAGACGACGAGAUGCCCGUUCACAAAGAAAAGGAACAGCUGACACGGAAGCAGAUCAUCGAGAAGAAGAAGAAGCUGAAGGCCAUGUUUGACGCCGAGUAUGACGACAAGGAGGGCUCCAGUUUCUAUGACGACCUCAAACGGGACCUCGACCAGCAGGCUCAGCUGAACCGGAGCGAGUUUGACGGUGUGGAGGACGAGCUGCGUGUCCAGUUCGAGGGCUACCGGCCCGGUAUGUACGUCCGACUGGAGGUGGCCGCCGUGCCGUGCGAGCUGGUCGCCCAUUUCGACCCGACCUACCCGCUGAUCGUGGGCGGCCUCACCACCGGCGAGGAGAACAUCGGAUACGUGCAGGCGCGGAUAAAGCGACACCGCUGGUACGGCCGUACGCUGAAGACUCGUGACCCGCUGAUCGUGUCUUUGGGCUGGCGCCGCUUCCAGACGCUGCCGCUGUACUCGAUACAGGACCACAACGGACGAAACAGGCUGCUCAAGUACACGCCGGACCACCUGCACUGCACGGCGCACUUCUGGGGCCCGGUGACGCCGCAGGGCACCGGGCUGCUGGCCCUCCAGAGCGUCAGCGCCGCCACGGCGGCCUUCCGCGUGGCCGCCACCGGUACCGUGCUGGACCUCGACAAGUCCGCACAGGUGGUGAAGAAACUCAAACUGGUCGGCACGCCGCACAAGGUCAUGAAGAAGACUGCUUUCAUUCAGGGUAUGUUUACGUCCACGCUGGAGGCGGCCAAGUUUGAGGGCGCGCUGUGCCGCACCGUCUCCGGGGUGCGCGGACAGCUCAAGAAGGCGCUGACGGCCAAGCCGGCCGGCCUGGUGCGCGCCACCUUCGAGGACCACAUCAAGAUGAGUGACGUGGUGUUCGUGCGCACGUGGUACCCGAUGGAGGUGGCGCGCCUGUACGCGCCCGUCACCUCGCUGCUGCUGCCGCCGGCAGAGAAGGCCCGCUGGCAGGGCAUGAAGACGGUGGGACAGCUGAAACGGGAGCGCGGCAUUCGGGUGGAGCCCAACCCCGACCAGCUGUACACGCCUGUGGAGCGGAAGGCGCGCCAGCCGCGGCCGCUGAAGGUGCCGGCCGCCCUGCAGCGGCAGCUUCCGUACGCCGAGCGGGCCAAACUGGGCGCCACAGAAGGCAACACUCUGGGCGGGCCGAGCCAGCCGAGGGAGCGGGUCGCCGUGGUGCUGCAGCCCAGAGAACAGAAGGUGAUGAAGAUGCUGAACACGCUGCGGGCCACCUACGACGUACAGCAGCAGAAGCGGCGCGGACUGGCGCAGGACCGAGCCAAGAAGAUGGUCGAAAAACGAAAGGAGGACAUCGAGCGCUUCGAGAAGCGCCAGAAGCGAGUCCGGAAACACGUCUACAAGAUGCUGGCUCUGAACGCCGGCGGCGGGAAGCGUGGGGGAGGAGGCGGUGGCGGCGGCGGCGGUGCGGGACGGUAGCGGCGACCGGCUGCUGCAGAGGACAGAUUCCGCCACACCAGGUGCUGUCUGCUCUGACACAGAGUUAUACGGGCGGGGGGCUAGCUAUUGUAUUGUUGAUGUGUUUUGUAAUACAUGUGCCUGACUGUA